AGCAGCUGUUCUAUACACAUCUGUUUUGUUUAUUUAUUACAGUUAUAACUGAAUACUUUUUAAAUACACGUCUAUCCAUAUAUAUUCAGGUAGUUGUCAGUUGUUUAAUUCAGACACUUAUGGGUGGUGAUAUUUUUCAGGGAGUGAAAGAUGGAUACGUUUCUGGCUAACUUCUAGCUAUCGUUACUGUACCGCACUUGAAGGUUUUCUAGCAGGAAGUUGACUAAUAGUCAAAUGUGUACUAGCUCGCUAUUUAUUUAUUUAUAUUACACAAUUCAUUAAUGUACCUUUCAAGCCCGGUAGUAGCUGUAUAUUCGUCUCUUCUGGAAGUUCAUACGAAGUAUGACAACAUUGCUCACAGCUAGCCGUUAGCUACUGUAACAGUAAGUGGGACAGAUGCGCGAGGUGAAUGGAUCGAUCAGAGCGGGAAAGGAUGUCAAUGUCUUUGGCUUGUAAAACCAUUCAUAUGUCACCUGCAGCGGGUCUGUACAACCCUGCCACUGUCGAAAUGAUCGUGAGCCAAAAUGAUUUGGUUCCAAACGACCAAGGUCAGAUUUUGGGCACAGAAUUCAACCUUAUGGAGAUGACAGAAGUGGAGUAUACCCAUCUUCAGCACAUCAUCCAGUCACACAUUGAGACACAGGCGGGUGGAACAGAGGAUUCUGGAGAUGCGCGGUUCAACAAUACCAUAUUCACAGUCUGCAGCCCUGCUCCCCAACAAGCAGCCACAACCUGUGAGGCCGAAUUUCAAACUAAGUCACCCAAGGACACCCCAGCUGAUGCCACAUCAACUGACGAGCAGCAGCUCACACUUGGAGACUCGAACCAAGGACAGGUUGACUUCCAGGAAUUUAAAAUGGUACUUGUCAGUGAAGGGAAUGUUAUGUCUGGAGAAAGGACCCCCACCACUUGUGGUGAAGUCCCCAGUUCUGUGUUGGCUAAAGUCAGAAAGGCAGUGGAUAUGACCAGGGAGCACGGCUUGGAAACAUAUGACACCAGUUCUGCCCAGCUGCAGGCCCGGCCCAACCCACCUGCUCGAGUUCGUUUGGAGAAGAGAUUCAACUGCACCCCCUUUGACAUCCCCAGACAACAGGAUGCACAAUCAGCAGCUCUCAGCAAUUUUUUGACAAUGCUUCAUCACUCCAAUGAGGCGCAAGAAUCAGGAACACAUACACAACCACAGAAGUGUCUGAGGUCGGAUCGGGGCAACCCAGGGUUUGGAAAUCUCCCUCAUACCCUUGAACCCAGUAAGCAUCAAGCGUUGGUCAUUCCGAAAAACUUCACAUUCAGCUACCGGCAAGAAAAGAUGACUGACAAAGUGCCAUGCUGCCUCAAUCCAGCAGAGGAGACAGUUUGGGUAAAAGUGGAAGAUGAAGCUGUGAUGAGGCCAGCAUACCCUGCCAAACGGGGCAGGACCCGUGGUGUCAAGGCCGUCCCCAGAGGUCUCCCUGACGCAGCGGCAGGAAGAACAGCUCGAGGAGCGGUCGCCAGGAAGAGAGGAGUGGCGUCUGUGGAAAGCAGCCUGCGCCGAGAGAGGCACAACAGCAAGGAGCGGGACCGCAGGAGGAGGAUUCGCUUCUGCUGUGAUGAGCUGAAUGUCCUGGCACCGUUCUGCAACCAGGAGACAGACAAAGCAACCACCCUGCAAUGGACCACAGCCUUCCUCAAGUACAUCAGAGAGGUGUAUGGGGACUCCAUAAAACAGGAUUUCCAGAGCACAUUCUGUGGUAAGACUGGUCAGCGGAUCAAGCCUAGCAGUGCCUCAAGCCAUGUCAUGGUUCUCCCGGACACAGCAGAGUCAUUAAGCACCCCACAAGCAUCAGAGCAGUGAAACAACGACUUAAAUAUACUACACCUAGUUAAUAAUUAUUCUAUUUAUUAAUUGAUUUUACCCUCCAUAGUAGCUCUACACCAUCAGGUUUGCCUUGGGAAUGUUAUCUGUCACAAACGCAUCAAGUAUUGCUAAAGAGGCAAUUGUUUUUUUAGGGGCAAGAACAAGGAUAUAGAAGGUCUGUACGUUCCUUUAUCUCAGUUUAUCUCAAUUAUAAAUAAAUCCCCUCAAUGUGAUUAUUACCCCCCUUUGCAGGCCAUGUAGUCACACGUUUUUUUCUAUCUUUAUCGGUUUGGUCCUUAUCAUUUAUCAGAUCUAACACAUAACCAUAACCCACAAAAAAGUGUCUGGAUACUCAAAUCAAAGGACCAAUAUUUUAUAUUAGCUAAAUUAUUACAUGGUUUCAGACCCUGUUGGUAACAUUCCAACAUGGUUUGGAGGGUCUGGGUUGUACAUUGCAAGUUAAACUACUCAGUGGCUCCUGUUGAUCAGGGUACUGAAUAUGAGUAAGUAGGAGAGAUGUUUUAUUUUAUACAGUUAUGUAUAAUAGAUUCUGAGCCGCAAAGCAUUUUGCAAAAAAUAAAUAUUUUUGUGUUUUACCGAAAGCCGUGCACAGAUGGCACUGUUUCUUUAGUUUAGCAGUUUUCACAGAUUCACAAAUUUCAGUUUAAUUAACAGAUGUAAUAUAGUUCUAUUUUUAAUCAUAUGUGUCUAAAUUGCAAUUUAUUUUGUGUUCUAUACAGAUUUAUUUACUUUUACUAUGUUAUUUACCAUGUGAAUAUUGUUCAGCGUUGCUCUACUCUGUAUAUACAACUCUUGAAAAAG